CCUGUAGGAAGGAGGUAACAUUUGAUGCUAACUUGUCGCAUGCAGGGUGUGAGCGGCAAGGGCAUCGCCAAUCGUUGGCGAGGUUGAUGCAAGGUAUGCUGCACACCUGUGGUACGGUGAUUGCAAAGACCAUCGAGACUACUAUCACGUGGUGUUGCGGAUAGGCAUCAUAAUCGAUCAACCUCUCCCUCUCUCUCUCUCUCUCUCUCUCUCUCUCUCUCUCUCUCUCUCCAGCACCCGCAACCGCACAACCUUGCCCGUUUCUCUUCCUCUCUCUCGCCUUCCCCUCUCCUCACUCUGUACCCGACUGCUUGCCUGCCCGGCUGUUUCUGGUGGAUUUGUCUAUUCCACAUUGUCUUCUGGGCGAAAGCGCGCCCCCCCUCCCCCUCCUAUCUCGUCCUAUCAUCACCUCACUUCUGUUACUAUUCAUCUCCUUGUCUUCUUCCUCUCCUCCCGUCUUUACCGUCUCCUCGUUCGUCAGUCCUCUUCCAGCCCUCCCGCUCUGUCCGGUCCUCCUCUCGUUUUCAGAUUUGACUCCCUUAAUCUCCGGGAGGUUCUCGGAGAGAGCCGACGACACCGUUGGCUGCCCUUUGUCAGGCGAUAUCAAUGCCGUUGAGAGGGGAAAGUGGUCGGAGGAGGGGAGAGGAGAGGGGAGGGAGAGGAGAGGGGUGACAACUGUAAAAGCUUUCGGCUAUGGUGUGAACCGCAGAUUCCUUAGCUGCGGUAACGGUAAUUCCUCAGUUGCCGUGAGGCAUUGGAACACCGGCCGAGCCACGCAACGUGGCGAUCGAGAGAUUGCACGUCGAGUGAUUUCCAAUCCACAAGCACGCAUGCUCAGUGAUGGGGGAAUGGCUGGACCCAUGCCAUCUGUCAGACGCUGCAGCGCACGUGCUGUUACCGACCUGGCGGGAAAUCAAAUUCUCCUUGGCGUCGGCAACGUUAGUGGUGGCUCUCUAUUGCCUACUUACGAAGGCAUGGGAAGGUACGGCGAUGGCUUUCGGCGAUCGGAGGGGGAGGAGAGGAGUGGGGGUGGACAAAUCGGGCCUGCUCGUCGGCGGCGAUGGCGCGAAGAGGGGUAGCAUCCGCGCAGAGAGGCGGGGAAGUUCCGUCGACCUGGAUGAGAUGGGCUGUCAGUACUCUAUCUGUCUCGAUCUCCUAGCGGCGCGCAAUUUGGUGGGGGCGAAUUUGAAUGGCACGUCAGAUCCGUACGCGGUGCUGACGUGUGGGAGCCAAAAACGUUUUAGCUCCGUUGCGCCGGGGACGCGGAACCCGUUAUGGGGGGAGCAGUUCCACUUUGUGGCCGAUGAGCUGCCUGUGAAUGUCGAGAUCGCAAUCUACGAUUGGGAUAUCAUUUGGAAGAGUACGAGUCUGGGGAGAGUGGUGCUGUCGAUAUCGUCGACGGGAUCGGAGGAACCCCAUUGGCGGUCUUUGGACCGGGCGUCGGGACAGGUGUACGUCCAGAUAGCGACGAAGGCCAUAGCGCCGGACUCGUCGGAAGGUGCGCUGAUUGCGGCGGACAAUGCGCGGGCCUCUCGAAGGCGGAGCGGCGGGCUGGGAGGCGGCGAUGGCGGCGGCGGCGGCGGCGGCGGCUUUGGGGAAAGAGGGGCGACGGAGGUGCGGCAGAAACCGGGCCCUCUGCAGACUAUCUUCAACUUGCCCCCUGACGAGAUCGUCCUCCAUAGCUUUUCUUGUGCCCUGGAGCGGUCUUUUCUUUACCACGGGCGCAUGUACGUUUCCACUCACAGCAUCUGUUUUCACUCGAAUGUCUUUGCGAAGCAUCUUAAGAUUGUCCUCCCCUAUGAAGAUGUGCACGAAGUCCGACGCAGCCAGCACGCGCUCAUUAAUCCUGCCAUUACGAUUGUGUUGAAAGCCGGUUGUGGCGGUCACGGUGUACCUCCCCUCGGCUACAAGGACGGCAAGGUAAUGUAUAAAUUUGCUUCUUUCUGGAAUCGUAAUCACACGUACAGGGUUUUGACUCGAUCGCACAAAAAUUUUCUGGCCGCGGAGGAGGCGCAUGCGCUCGAUGAGCGGCAGCAGUCGAUUCUCCGCGAGGCGGCGCACGGUUUCCCGCUGUUGUCGUCGCGACAUCUGGCGGGCGGUUCGUACCUUUCCGCCGAGGCCGUAAUCGAGGCGGCGAAGACGCCCCCGCGGCCGCGCGCACCGGCGCCGGUGGCCACGCGGCCUUUCCUGAACGAGAGUGUUCUGAUUGAUCUGUUUGAGAGGAGCAUGACGUGCACGGCGCAGACGUUCUUCACUGUGCUGCUGAGUAAUGACUCUGACUUCACGGGGAGGUACAGAGCUACGCGCAAGGAUACGGAGCUGAAGAUGGAGCCAUGGCACACCACGGAGGAGUAUGGGGGAUUGCUGAGGCGGACGACCUUUCGGACAAUCUGUACGAGCCCGAUGUGUCCGCCCGACAGUGCCAUCACUGAUUGGCAGCACGUGACGUUGUCGACGGAUGAGAAGACGUUGACUUUGGAGUCGAUUCAGCAGGCGCACGAUGUGCCCUUUGGUUCCUACUUCGAGGUUCAAGGGAGGUGGGUGGUGCAGACUGUGGGGGAGGCAGAGUGCAAGGUAUUCGUGAAAACGGGGGUGAAUUUCAAGAAAUGGUGCGUCAUGCAGUCGAAGAUUAAAGCGAGCGCGAUUGCGGAGUUCAAGGCGGACGCGCAGACGUGGAUUAACCUAGCGACGGAGGAGAUUCAGGCGGCGGCGAGAAGAGGUGAGACGGGGACCGGGGGGGGGAGGUCGAUAGGCGCAGGCUCGUCUUCGUCGAGCACUGUGACGUCGUCAGCGUCCUUCUCUUUUUCGUCAGGGUAUGCCUCAAGCGCGCCGACCGCCAGCGUCGGCGCGUGACCGGUUAUGCUGGAUUCUCAUGCUUUUUUUUUUCUCUCUCUCUCUCUCUCUUUAGGGACUCGUUGUGCAGGCAACCGUAGGUUAAUUGAGAGAGAGAGAGAGAGAGAGAGAGAGAGAGAGAGAGAGAGAGAGAGAGAGAGGAUGGGAGGUUUUGCGGGAGAAAAGCGGUCACUGCGCUGUGUACAGGACGGGAUUGUUGUUUUCGUGUACGUGGGAGUGGGUCAUGUGUGUAUAAAUGAGCCGGUUGUCUUGCGUUCUUGAUGCGGUGGUCAUCACCAUUUUUUUUUCACUUUGUCGGUUUUUGCCUUGUUUUCCACCUUUACUCCACUCUCUCCCCGCCCCUCCGAUCCUUUUUCCCUGACUGCAUCUGCUGCUAGCCCUUCUUUUCCGUUUUCUCUUGACGUCAGCCAACUUGUAGAAUGGUUCUCAGUUAUCCACCCUGAAGAGCGGUUCACCGUUAAAUUUUCUCCCGACCUUUUCCGUUAGCCAGAACAAUUUGCCUCCGCCUCACUUUGGUCGAGUGAUUGCUAAUCAGUCACAAGUUAAUUACUGUUCACAUGUCAACUUCCACUAAACGAGAGCUUGCUUAAGUUAGUAGAGGAAUGAAUCAAUUUGAGCUGC